CGAAACAUGAGGCUCACAAAGACUCUACUCUUCAUCUCUGUUUCUGCAUAUUGCUUUCCCCUCUCUCUCUCUCUCUCUCUCUCUCUCUCUCUCUCUCUCUCUCCUCUUUCUCACUCUAAAAUGCAGCUUCUUCAUGCUUCCUCGUCACUGUGCGCUUCACUUCAUAUAUCAAAACCAUAUUCAAGCACAGGACUAGUUUCACCAGAGAAAACUCUUUUACCAUCAUCUAUAAGUUGUUCUCUUCAGCCAAAAGGAAUUGAAAGUUCCUUAUGGGUAUCUCGUAACAACUCCAUUUUCACUACUAAGGCUGCCUCUGUUGAAGCUGGUGCUUCUACAAUAUCAAGCGGAACAGCGGAGAAUGAUGUUUUAAAAGCAUUGUCCCAAAUCAUUGACCCGGAUUUUGGGACAGACAUUGUCUCUUGUGGUUUCGUGAAAGAUCUUCAAAUCAAUGAGGCUUUGGGAGAGGUUUCAUUUCGGUUAGAGCUCACUACACCAGCAUGUCCAAUCAAGGACAUGUUUGAGCAAAAAGCAAAUGAGGUGGUGAAAAUGCUUCCUUGGGUAAAAAGCGUAAAUGUGACAAUGUCAGCACAGCCUGCAAGACCUGUUUAUGCCGGCCUACUUCCACCGGGUCUACAGAAGAUUUCAAAUAUUGUGGCAGUUUCGAGUUGCAAGGGAGGUGUGGGAAAGUCAACAGUAGCAGUCAACUUGGCAUACACUUUGGCUGGCAUGGGUGCUAGAGUAGGAAUAUUUGAUGCUGAUGUCUAUGGUCCAAGUUUACCAACUAUGGUCUCCCCCGAAAACCGGCUACUGGAAAUGAACCCAGAGAAGAAAACUAUCAUUCCUACAGAAUACUUGGGAGUGAAGUUGGUGUCUUUUGGAUUUGCUGGACAAGGCCGUGCUAUAAUGCGGGGUCCAAUGGUGUCUGGGGUCAUCAACCAACUUCUCACUACAGCUGAGUGGGGAGAGCUGGAUUACCUUGUUGUGGACAUGCCGCCUGGAACUGGUGAUAUUCAGCUUACCUUAUGCCAGGUAGUCCCAUUAACUGCUGCUGUCAUUGUUACCACCCCUCAGAAGCUUGCAUUUAUCGACGUUGCGAAAGGAGUCAGAAUGUUUUCAAAGCUUAAGGUGCCAUGUGUUGCUGUAGUUGAGAAUAUGUGCCACUUUGAUGCCGAUGGAAAACGAUAUUACCCAUUUGGUAGGGGUUCAGGCUCUCAGGUUGUGCAGCAGUUUGGAAUUCCUCACCUGUUUGAUCUUCCCAUUAGACCAACUCUAUCUGCUUCUGGAGAUAGUGGAAUGCCAGAAGUGGUGGCUGAUCCUCAGGGCGAAGUCGCUACGACAUUUCAGGACCUUGGCGUAUGCAUUGUGCAGCAGUGUGCCAAGAUUCGCCAACAAGUGUCAACGGCUGUCUCCUAUGACAAAUCUCUCAAGGUAAUCAGAGUGAAGGUGCCGGACUCAGACGAAGAAUUUCUUCUCCAUCCCGCGACUGUAAGACGAAAUGACCGCUCUGCUCAAAGUGUGGAUGAGUGGACAGGAGAGCAGAAAUUGCAGUAUACCGAUGUUCCAGAAGAUAUUGAACCUGAAGAAAUUCAACCAAUGGGAAACUAUGCUGUCCAAAUAUCAUGGCCGGAUGGUUUUAAUCAGAUAGCACCAUAUGAUCAGCUGCAAACAAUGGAGCGAUUAGUUGAUGCUCCUCGACCAACUGCUGCACAGGUGUACUAGCUUCAACAGAAUAUUCAUAGAGACUAUAGAAGUGAUCUAUCAUUGUUCUUAAAUCUUUUAUAAUGAUCCUGAGAGGAGACGCUAGUGGCUAGAAACCACCAACAUAAUGACACGUGUCAAUUGUAAAAAUGACUAAAGGAAUAUAUAUAUAUAUAUAUAUAUAUAUAUAUCAUUCUAGGGUUCAGGAACUCUCUUGUAGAAUUAGGUAACGUGUAAGACCAUUCAAUAGUGUAAAGUCUUACUAUAUUUCAUGUC